GCAGAAAGGGGGGGAGGGGAGCGACCUGGCGGAAAGGAUUCCCGGCACAGGGUAGAGCUUCCAAGCUUGACAAGCCCAGGAAAAUCCUGCCGCUCCGUUCGCGCCCUCCUCUCCGAUCCGCUCGUCUGCGGUCUUUGCUCCCUGGGUAAUCUCCCACUGGUGCCCGAGCAACGCAGGGUAGACCGUGGUCUGUUCUCCGCUGGCUUCCGCCUGGCUUCCAAGGUUCACUUCACUUCACUUCACCUCACCUCACCUCAUCUCAAGUUUGCUGUUCUGUUCUCCAUCUCAUAUCACCAGCCAGAGCGUGAAAGCCUUGCGCCGUUGCCUUGUCUACUUCUGCGACUAGAAUGACAUCAACAGGAACCCUCACGGUCUAUACGAUAGCGGCUUGUUGAAACAGAACCCCGGGGACCUUCUCGUGUGCUCCACGCUCACUAGCACGCAUUCCAGGUUGUGAUCCGUCUCACCCAACAAAGAAAGGGCUGCGCAAGCUCGGAUCCAGGACGCUUGACCGCAGCAUAUGCACCUUGCAGCCCCCAGGGCAAUCUAGAGCAUCACAUCGCCAUACCACAGACACGGACACCGGUUCGACAUGUCUGAAGAAGACAUCCAUCUCGUCACCCAGCUCCCGCAGAAUGCGUGGUUCGAGGGAUUUGCCAUCCGGCCCAAUGGCUACAUAUUAGUGUCGCGGCUGGACGAGCCGAUCCUUUACACUUUCGAUGCCGAGGACAGGUCAGCCGAGCCGCAGGAGGUUCACACAUUCGCCGACGCCACAGGCCUAAUCCAGAUAUGUCCGAUCAUGGGCCGACACGACGAGUAUGCUGUCAUCAGCGGCACGCCGGACUUAGACGCAAUGCAUUUUAACCAGACAAACUACAUACUAUGGCGCGUCGCAUUCAGCUCCACAACCGACGUCACCGUCACCAAGAUAGCGGACCUGAGUGAAUACAAGUUCUCGAUAGGCGUCAUGCCGGCCAGCGAACACACCCUCCUGAUAGCCGACACGUUCCGCAACUGCAUCUGCGCGCUGGACAUCGCCACGGGGACCAGCAAGGUGCUGAUGGAGGACCCCAGCAUGGCGGCCGUGGACGGGGCGCCGUUCGGCCUGAACCGCCUGCGCAUCGCCGUCGGCUUCGUGUGGUUCACCAACACCAGCGCGGGCACCCUGUGCCGCUUCCCCGUCUCGGUCGAGGGCCGCGAGGUCAAGGCGACGGGCCCGGUGGAGACCAUCUGCGACACCGUGGAGCACUGCGACGGGCUCGCCCUCGCCGCCGACGCGAGCGCCGUGUGGACCGCCAGCGUGAUCAACGACUGGCUCUGGCGGAUAGACCUGAAGAAGGACGGCGACAAGAUCACCACGACGACCUCGGUCGUCAAGGAGAAUCUGUACAGCCCAACGGCGGUCGAGCCACACUACGUCGGAGACAAGCUCAGGCUGUAUGUCGUGUGCAAUGGGGAUAGAGAUGAAGAUAUGGGAUGGAUCAAGAGAGACGACCGCCCCUGGCCUGACUUUCAGAACAUCACCGUCACAGAGAGCGUUUCGGUGUCUAUUUCACAGGCGGAGUGAGG